AUGUCUUGGAGGUACUCUAUCUUGACCGUAGAUGGAAGCUUUAAAAUUUUCAUCCCUUGGGAAAUAUUCCUCACGUGGAAUUUUUUGAGCGCUGCAUGGCUAAAUUCUACCGAAUCCAAUACGUAUAUCCACUACUCAACAUGUUGGGGCACAAGUGAUUACACACUUAAUAUCUCUGUCAUAGAAGCUACUACAGAGAAAUUGGUUGACACUAGAUUAUUAACAACACUCGAGAAUGCAACCGCUUGGAUUAACUCAAACUCUAUUGAUGAAGACGAAGAUGAUAUGCCUCAUGCCACUAACGUAGCAGACCGGCUUGAUGGGUUAUCCCUUAGCAAGCGCGUAUAUAGCAUCUGUCACUACGAAUUUUAG